AACCGUCCCGCCCACGUAACGUCUAAGAAAUUGCGUCACCGCGAAUCGAGUGUGACUACGACGCCGGUGACGUCAUCGCGCGGUGGUGGACGUCACGAGGAGGCUGGCAAGAUGAUGGCGACCUUAGCGGUAGAGCCGCUGCGGCUGGAUCGCGACGUCGCCCGCGCCAUUGAGCUCCUGGAGCGACUCCAGCGCAGCGGGGAGGUGCCCGCGCACAAGAUCCUGGCCCUGCAGAAGGUGCUGCAGAGCGACUUCUGCACGGCCGUGCGAGAGGUUUAUGAGUACAUUUAUGAGACCCUGGACAUCACGGGCAACCAGGAGAUGAGGGCUCUCGCCACCGCCAAGGCGACGGUGGCGGCGUUUGCGGCGAGCGACGGCCACGCGCAUCCCCGCGUGGUCGAGCUGCCCAAGACCGACGAGGGCCUGGGCUUCAACGUGAUGGGCGGUAAGGAGCAGAACUCGCCCAUCUACAUCUCCCGCAUCAUCCCCGGUGGCGUGGCCGACCGGCAGGGCGGGCUCAAGCGCGGCGACCAGCUGCUGUCCGUCAACGGCGUGAGUGUGGAGGGCGAGCACCACGAGCGCGCCGUGGAGCUGCUGAAGCAGGCGCAGGGCUCGGUGAAGCUGGUCGUGCGCUACACGCCCAAGGUGCUCGAGGAGAUGGAGGCUCGCUUCGAGAAAAUGCGCACGGCCAAGCGGCGCCAACAGAGCACGAGCUCCUAGCCGGGCACUGCCCAGCCCGCGGGCGAGCAUACCACGCGCGCAUGUGCAUAAGAAGGAAGAGGGCAUGUUAACGCGACAGGCAUUGGAGUGGCGCGCAGAGUUCGGUGACCCAAGCGCAAGACCUGGAGGCAGAUGGUGGGAGACUGUGAGAGCAGACCCUAGGAGGUCGGGCAAUGACUGCGUUAAGAGCUGCGGGCGGCAACGGCGAGGUGUGGUAGCAUCUUCAGCAUUGGGGCGUGAUGGCCCCUUGCUCUCGCUGUACGAAAGCAAUCGGUGUCUCGGCUUCUAAACGAAUUGACCACUCCGCUGCCCACCAUCCCAAAAGCCCCUGCUUACCGUAGGUGGGCAACGAUAAACUAAACAGUGGGCCCACAUUUCUCUCCAAACAGAAUCCCAAAUAACAAUCGCACACACGCCUCAAAGUCUUCACACUCAUUUUCAAGAGGGUCCUGCUUGGGAUGUUUGGCCAAUUCUUGAGUAAGUUUAUUUUUUAUUUUUAUUAAAGCAACAGCUUAAGGGAAUGGCCAGAAUUAACACUUUGAAAAGAUCUGUCUCAAUCUGCUGUUCCGCAACCUACUUCCUCUACUACUCCACCACGUCAGUCACCGCCUGGUUCCCGUGGUUUUUGUUGCUGGAGCAUGCGAUUCAAGAUGCCCAUCCAGAUGCGAUCCACCAACCCAACCUCCCCUGUCGCUGGGUGAAAGUGCACACCACCACCACACAUUCUACUGAAGUCUGCCAACACGUUGAGUGACGCGAUAUUGUGUUUUACAAAGCGAAAAGUACAAAGAUAAACUCGUGCUUGGUCCAUGCCAUGUUCACUUUCCGUCGUCGCACACUCAAACCGCGGCCUGUGUUUGCCCUAUGGGUGUUGGGGCAAGAUGAAUUAAUACACCACCUCAUGUUGGUCAAGAGUAAAUAUGCGCACCUUCCUAGCGCUCAACAAAUUAUCCCAAUGUGAAUACAAGGACUGAUCGAACACUUGUGGGUCACGUUACCGAAGUGACCAAUCGGAGGAAGAUCGCUGCAUGUUUUAACAAAGUGUCUACCUCGUCAAAUUGUCUUUAGGCAUUGUUAUUCCACAUUGACGACCCUGCAUCAGUGGCGCAAAAUCCACAUUUUCACGGCAUAUUAUUACUAGAACAUGUGUCCCAACUAGUGCUGAUAAGCCAGUCUGAUUUACAAUAAUAAGGUUGUGAGUUCAAAGCUCCUUUAGGGGUCAGCCGUGCCUAUCAUCCUUUUGAAGUCGAUACAAUGAGCAAAUCGCUUUGUGUAAAGUCAACAGCAGCGGUCGUCUUCUCGAGAGACUGGCCCCGAACGGCAAUGUGAAAUUUCCACCACUCGCUCGGGACUGCCAAUGGGAGUGCUUCGAGCAGGAAGACACGUUGGGCCCAGUCCACGUGUUGGUAACGAGUAUUCGCUCUCAUCCAACUGUGAACAAAACCAUCCCAUUGUCCCCGUUACCACCAGAGCGGAGAAUCACUGAAGCGGCGUGUUCAGUGUCAACAUUGGAAUCUGGCCCUUGGUCGUUUUUUUAACUUCACCCGUACAGCAAACAAGAAGUGCUUUUUCUGUUUAUGUAGUUUGUUAUCCUUCCCGCGCACCUCCGAUGAGCACGGAUGGCUACGUACGGUGCGAAGGAAGUUCAACAUACAGCCAGCAUAGAGUUAAUUAUACACAGUGCUGUGCGAGUCAAUGUUAACGUGCUGGUGCGUAUUUGUUAAACCAGGAAACCCUCACUUGUUCUCAAGACCCUUUUUAAACGAAAAUCCUAUUUGUCCUGCAUUGGGAUAUUUGGCCAUUUCUCUACCCAAAAUGCAGCUUGGCAAGAAAGACUUUUUUUAGUUUUUGUUUUAAACAAUCUAGAGUUGCAUACGAAGGUGUUAAUUCAGCAACCGGUGAGGUCACGAGACGUCCUCGCGUGGCUCGAGAGACAUUUCCACCGGGGCGUGUCACAAGCCGACGGAGAAAUCGAGCAAUUUUGAAGUCACCCACACGUCGUUCUGACCCCAGUCGCCUCAACAUGUAGCCCGGCUUGAAGCAUUAACAGUGUUCCGUAGUUUACCACUUAGCAGGUUAUAUAUUUUUUGUUAAUUUUAUGUUUUAUCUUUGUGUUUACUGUGUCGGGGUAAUACUGCCUUGCUUGAAGAUGUGAUGUGAUUUGGUGAGGUGCUGCAGUCUCGGCUGUACGAUGUUACAUACUUUUUUUUUAAUACCUCAUUGGCGUGUUGCAGAUGAUUAAUUUAUCUCUUUCCGACCAUAUUUAAGAGGCGUUAGAGACUUUAUUGGAUGUUUUCAGUAAUAAAUGUUAGUUCGUGUUCACCCUUUAA